AUGUUCUCAUGGUAUCAAAAUUCGACCAGAUGCUACGUCUAUCUCUCCGAUGUGAUAGCUCCGCCUCGGACGCCUUGGAAGGAUGCGUUCCAGAAGAGCAAAUGGUUCACUAGAGGCUGGACUCUACAGGAACUACUCGCCCCAUCUUCUGUCGAGUUCUUCACCGUUGAUGGUGAACGCCUAGGUGAUAGGCAAACACUAUCGCAGGCCAUCCGUCAGGCUACAUCUAUCUCUUGGCGAGCUUUGAAGACCACUCCGCUGCAUCUCUCAGACUUCAGUAUAGACGAGCGCCUGUCCUGGGCAGCUGGGCGGGAAACCAAACGUGAAGAGGACGCAAUUUACUCUCUACUGGGUCUCUUCGACGUACACAUGCCACCUAUCUACGGAGAGGGCAAAGCAAAUGCAUUUGAUCGCCUCGAAUCAGAGAUUGAACGAAAGCUGGUACUUGAUAGUUCACGGAAAAGGAGCGCCUCGGAAGCUUUUGAAACGACGCUCACUGGCCUGGAAGGAAGUAACUCGAAGCUGAAACAAUCUACAAGCGACAGGGCUCAAGAGCAUUCAGUGGUAAUGCAAGACUGGUGGGCUGAAGCAAUCGCUAGGAAUAUGGGAACACCCAGAGGCUAUGCAAAAGUUACUGUGUUGCUUUUGAAAUGGGCAGAUGAACUGGAUGAGCUGCAAACGAGCAACGAAGUAGAAGAGCUCGGACAUAUCUUCCAGGACCGAUUUAAUUUUGAGAUUGAAGUUGCCGAACUCAACCACCGAAGCAAACCACAACGUCAGAUGGAUCGAAUCAUCACCACAUUCGUCGAAGCCCACGAUCAGCCUCGUAACUUGUUGAUCGUGUACUAUACGGGCCAUGCUAUCCACUAUAAGAAUGCCGGUCGACUCGAAUUCUUGCCAUCCUCGCAACCACCAGCGGCCGGUGGCACUUCUACCAGUGGUCAGAUAAACUGGUAUAAGACAGAAGACUUCCUUUGUUCGGACGAAGUCGAUGGCGACAUUCUUGCGAUACUGGACACAGAGUAUGCGAGUAAUGGCGAUGUACGUCAUGUGUCCAAUGACGAACGCGACUCGAAUUACAAAGAUCAAGGGACUGCCAGGCGAUUCCAGUUGAUAAGCAGCCGUGACAAUCCAGCUCCUGGCUCCGAGUCGCUCACGCGCGCAUUGAUCGACGGGUUAAAAGAGCUCUGGGAGCGCAACAGGACUUCUGGUUUCUCGACUCAGGACCUUCAUCAGUGCAUUGAGAUGAACCCAAUCCGGUCAGGCAUAAGCUCUAAGAUGUGGUCUUUGCUACCGAACAAGCGCCAUAUUCUUCUGACACCGAUAGCGCAUUCGGAAAAUGAUACGUGCGAAUUCCAGCAGCAUCGUAGUCGCCCUGAACGAGGUUACUUGAAGCUCGGCCUCGAACUCAAGGACUCGUCUUUGGAUCAGGAACAGAUAGAGAGUCUUGCAAAGAUCUUGUGGUCAUCGUUGGAUAAUCAGUCUAUAGGCCUACAGGGUAUUGAUUGGCUUGGGUUCGAGCGUCGGGACAAGGGCCACUCUCGUCUUCAGCAUCUCUCUCCUUGA